AUGAACAGUGACAAGAUGAACAGGACUGCCCUCCACUUGGCCUGUGUCAAUGGUCGUUCAGCAGGGGUAACUCUCCUCCUGGAGAGAAAAAACCUUCCUAACUUCUGUGACCAUGAAAAGAGGACAGUGCUGAUGAAGGCUGUAAAUGUCAAGCAGGAGUUUGCAACUAUUUUGCUGGAACAUGGUGCCCACCCAAAUGUCACCAACGUGAGUAGCAGCACUGCUCUCCACUUAUGCUGCCUUUUGCCAGAAAUGUAUCACUUGCAGCAGAGCUGCUUUCAUACAACACCAAUAACAGAAGCCAGGAACAAGGAUGACCUCACACCACUGUUACUUACUAUAAGUGAAAGGAAACAGCAAAUGGUGGAGUUUUUAGUAAAGAAAGCAGCAAAUACACAUAUGGUUGAUAAGAUGAAAAUAACAGCCCUCAUGCUUGCUGUCAAUUAUGAGUCAAAUGCAGUCAGUCUUUUUCAGCAAGGUAUUUACAUCUUUUCUCAAGAUGUCUUUGGAUGGACUGCUGAAGAAUGUGCUGUUGUUAGUGGUGUUAUGAUUCACCAACUGAUGACUGACUAUAAAGAAAAGAGACACCUCCCCAAAAUAGCAACUCAGUGGAUAAGAAUGCUGAGGAAGACUCUUUAA